AUGGACAGUCCGCAUGGUCUGGAUACAAUAUUCGCACUCAAGAAAGCGAAGAACUGGGACGGAGUGGCAGCGGACGGAGAGCAUUUCCCGCACAAUUUGUGCUUCAACGAGAUGAUGGCCAGUGGCAAUUGGGCAUUGUUGAAGAUGAUCUGCGCGAACCUGAACGGGACAGUGACCGCAUUUGGGGUGCGCACUGAACGUUCACGGCGUGCAGACAACGAGCCGAGGUUGCAUGCAUUGGCGUCAGCGCAGGCACAGGCUGAAGCGAGGAACGAGCUAUGGACUCUUCGGACCAGGAAACUGCUUGUUGUGGGGCUUUUGCCGAUCACCACUGUGCAAGAGAUCAUCUCAUACUUCUCCCGGUGGGGCACCGUACGAAAGGUGUUCCUCAGCGCUGAUUCUACAACAACAGUCUCGAAUUAUGCAUUCGUCUGCUAUACAACGUACGGAGAGGUGGAGGCAGCGAUGGCGUGCGUGCUUCAUGUCAUUAGCGGUAAACUUCUGACCGUCUGCCGUGCAGCAUUGUGCUUGGACUGUGUACCCUCCGAGAGACAGAAUAGGUACCAGAUGCGUGGAGUAACUUGCUUGGUAUGCUGCUUGGCACGUUCCAGGGGAUUGGCUAAAGCUAAGGCUGCGUUGUUGCCACCUGCACCAGUGGGACAUUAUUAUUUUGCUACGGUUUAUGGUGUUACGCUGCCGUCACUGAGCAGCGACCGAAGUGCACGGCAUGCUGCUAGGCAAGACGAUGCUUCGAGUGAGUGGGGUAGUGAAGAUGAAGAGUCGCGGCGCGAGUGGCAUUCUUUGAUCGACCGUUUCAGGAGGCAGAUCAUAACAGGAAGAGGCAGAGGCCAAACUGCCGAACGAGACAUUAACCGUGAACAGUCUAGCAGUGUUCGGCGAAGUGGUGCGCGAACCGCGUGGAAUAGUGUUGUACAGAACGUUCGCGCUGAAGAAAACGAAGACGAACUACGGCGGAGUAGACGGAGUGGCAUCGGAGAAAACCUCUUUCCCGCAAGAUUUGUACCUGGACGAGAAGAUGCCCAGCGGCGAUCGAGCAUCGUUGAAGAAAGUGUUCCGCACGGACUUGGACAAAGCAUUGGCCGCAGUUCGGCGAGCUUCUCUCGACGAACGCGGCCGGAAGGCAAUGGCCAGAUGGAGGGUGCGAUUUUCUCACAUGGGGUAUUACAGAUAGAACCCGGACUUGACUAA